GGCGCGGCGCUGAGGGAACCCCGGGACCCCCGAACCCCCCGGGACCCCCGGAGCCGCCGGCAUGGCCCGCUGGAUCCCCACCAAACGCGAGAAGUACGGGGUCGCCAUCUACAACUAUGAGGCCGUGCAGGACGUGGAGCUGUCCCUGCAGGUAGGGGACACUGUUCACAUCCUGGAGAUGUACGAAGGCUGGUACCGAGGAUACACACUCCGCAAUAAAUCCAAGAAGGGCAUUUUCCCAGAAACUUACAUCCAUUUGAAAGAGGCCAUCGUGAAGGACCGGGGGCAGCACGAGACGGUGAUUCCCAGUGAGCUGCCCCUCGGCCAGGAGCUGACGGCCACGCUGCGGGAGUGGGCAGUGAUCUGGCACAGGCUGUACGUGAACAACAAAACCACACAGUUCAGGCAUGUCCAGCAGCUCACCUACAGCCUGAUAGAGUGGAGAUCCCAGAUCCUCUCCGGGACCCUGCCCAAGGAUGAACUGGCUGAGCUCAAGAAAAAAGUCACUGCCAAGAUUGACUAUGGCAACAGGAUCCUGGGUCUGGACCUGGUUGUCCGAGAUGACAAUGGGAACAUCCUGGACCCAGAUGAGACCAGCACAAUCUCCCUCUUCAAGGCCCAUGAAACUGCAUCCAAGAGGAUUGAUGAGAGGAUCCAGGAGGAGAAGUCCCUGCAGCAGAGUUUGGACCUCCGGGGACAGCCAAUAUUCAACUCCACACACACUUACAGCCUCUAUGUGAACUUCAAGAACUUUGUCUGCAACAUUGGGGAAGAUGCAGAGUUGCUGAUGAGCCUCUAUGACCCUGACCUCUCCAAAUUCAUCAGUGAAAAUUAUCUGGUUCGUUGGGGCAGCAAUGGGAUGCCUAAAGAAAUUGAGAAACUGAACAACCUCCAAGCAGUGUUUACUGACUUGAGCAGCUCAGACCUGAUCAGGCCCAGGAUCAGCCUGGUGUGCCAGAUCGUGCGUGUGGGGCACAUGGAGCUGAAGGAUGGCAAGAAGCACACCUGCGGGCUGCGCAGGCCCUUCGGUGUGGCAGUGAUGGACAUCACUGACAUCAUCCACGGCAAGGUGGACGACGAGGAGAAGCAGCAUUUUAUCCCCUUCCAGCAGAUUGCCAUGGAAACCUACAUCAGGCAGCGGCAGCUGAUCAUGUCCCCCCUGCUCACCUCGCACGUCAUCGGCGAGAACGAGCCCCUCACCUCCGUCUUCAACAAAGUCAUCGCUGCCAAGGAGGUCAACCACAAGGGCCAAGGUCUCUGGGUCUCCCUGAAGUUGCUCCCUGGGGAUCUGGCUCAGGUUCAGAAGGAUUUUUCCCACCUUGUAGACAGAUCCACUGCAGUGGCUCGAAAAAUGGGGUUCCCUGAGAUCAUCCUUCCUGGUGAUGUCAGGAAUGACAUCUACGUCACCCUGAUCCAGGGGGAGUUUGACAAAGGCAAGAAGAAAACCCCCAAGAACGUCGAGGUCACCAUGUCUGUGCAUGAUGAGGAUGGGAACCUGCAGGAGAAAGCCAUCCACCCUGGGGCUGGCUACGAGGGAGUGUCAGAGUACAAGUCUGUGGUUUAUUACCAGGUCAAGCAGCCCUGCUGGUACGAGACUGUCAAGGUGGCCAUUGCCAUAGAAGAAGUCAGUCGCUGCCACCUGAGGUUCACGUUCCGUCACCGCUCGUCCCAGGAGUCCAGGGAUAGAUCUGAGAGGGCUUUUGGCAUGGCCUUUGUGAAGCUGAUGAAUGCAGAUGGAACAACACUGCAGGAUGGCAAACACAAUUUGAUUAUUUACAAGGGUGACAACAAGAAAAUGGAAGAUGCCAAGAGUUAUUUGACUCUUCCUUGCACCAAAACAGAGAUGGAGGAGAAGGAGGCUCCCUCAGGGAAAAACCUGCACUCUCUGGCCAACUUCACCCCCACAAAGGACAGCACAAAGGACAGCUUCCAGAUUGCCACUGUCAUCUGCUCCACCAAACUCACCCAGAAUGUUGACCUGCUGGGUUUGCUGAACUGGCGCUCCAACGCCCACAACAUCGCCCACAACCUCAGGAAGCUCAUGGAGGUGGAAGGAGGAGAAAUUGUGAAGUUUUUGCCAGACACCCUCGAUGCACUUUUCAACAUCAUGAUGGAAAUGUCAGAAAAUGAAACCUAUGAUUUCCUGGUGUUUGAUGCCCUGGUAUUUAUUAUUUCUUUGAUUGGAGACAUCAAGUUCCAGCAUUUCAACGCUGUGCUCGAGACUUACAUCUACAAACACUUCAGUGCAACCCUGGCCUAUGUGAAACUCACCAAAGUGCUGAACUGCUACGUGGGGAAUGCUGAGGACUCCAGCAAGACAGAGCUGCUCUUUGCAGCCCUGAAAGCCCUGAAAUACCUGUUCAGGUUCAUCGUGCAGUCCCGGGUGCUGUACCUGAGUGUGUAUGGGAAGAGUGAGGAUGGGAAUGAAUUCAACGAUGCAAUUCGCCAGCUCUUCCUCUCCUUCAACAUCCUCAUGGACCGGCCCCUGGAGGAGGCUGUCAAGAUCAAGGGGGCAGCUUUAAAAUAUUUGCCAAGCAUCAUAAAUGAUGUCAAACUGGUAUUUGACCCUGUUGAGCUCAGUGUCCUCUUCAGCAAGUUCAUCCAGAGCAUCCCUGACAACCAGCUGGUCCGGCAGAAGCUGAACUGCCUGACCAAGAUCGUGGAGAGUGACCUGUUCAAGCAGGCUGAGUGCAGAGAUGCCCUCCUGCCCCUGCUCAUCGAUCAGCUGAGUGGGCAGCUGGAUGACAACUCCAGCAAGCCCGACCACGAGGCCAGCUCCCAGCUCCUGAGCAGUGUCCUGGAGGUCCUGGACCGCAAAGAUGUGGGUGCCACUGCUCUGCACAUCCAGCAGAUGAUGGAGCGGCUGCUGCGCCGGAUCAACCGCACGGUGAUCGGGAUGAGCCGCCAGAGCCCGCACAUCGGUAUUUUCGUGGCCUGCAUGACAGCCAUCCUGAGGCAGAUGGAUGAUUUCCAUUACAGCCAUUACAUCAACACUUUCAAAACCAGGCAGGACAUCAUUGAUUUCCUGAUGGAAACGUUCAUCAUGUUCAAGGACCUGAUUGGGAAGAACGUGUAUGCAGCUGACUGGAUGGUCAUGAACAUGAUGCAGAGCAGGGUUUUCCUCCGGGCAGUGAACCAAUUCACCUCCGUCCUCAACCGCUUCUUCCUGGAUCCGGCUAAUUUUGAGCUCCAGCUCUGGAAUAACUAUUUCCACUUGGCAGUUGCCUUCCUCACUCACGAGUCCCUGCAGCUGGAGACCUUCUCCCAGGCCAAACGCAACAAAAUCAUCAAGAAGUAUGGGGACAUGAGGAAAGAAAUUGGCUUCAAGAUCAGGGAUAUGUGGUAUAACCUGGGUCCCCACAAAAUCAAAUUCAUCCCAGCAAUGGUGGGGCCAAUCCUGGAGGUGACCCUGGUCCCAGAGCCUGAGCUGAGGAAAGCAACAAUUCCCAUUUUUUUUGACAUGAUGCAGUGUGAGUUCAACUUCAGUGGGAAUGGGAACUUCCACAUGUUUGAGAACGAGCUGAUCACCAGGCUGGACCAGGAGGUGGAGGGCGGCCGAGGGGAUGAGCAGUACAAGGUCCUGCUGGAGAAACUGCUGCUGGAGCACUGCAGGAAGCACAAGUACCUGGCAGCCCCAGGAGAGGUGUUUGCCCUGCUGGUCAGCAGCCUCCUGGAGAACCUGCUGGACUACAGGACCAUCAUGCACGAUGAGAGCAAGGAGAACCGCAUGAGCUGCACCGUCAACGUGCUGAAUUUCUACAAGGAGAAGAAGCGAGAGGACAUUUACAUCAGGUAUCUGUACAAGCUCAGGGACCUGCACACAGACUGUGAGAACUUCACAGAGGCUGCCUACACCCUGCUCCUGCACGCUGAGCUGCUCCAGUGGUCAGAGAAGCCCUGUGCCCCUCACCUGCUGCAGAGGGACUCCUUCUGUGUGUACUCCCAGCAGGAGCUCAAGGAGAAACUCUACCAGGAGAUCAUCUCCUUCUUCGACAGGGGCAAGAUGUGGGAAAAAGCCAUUCAGCUGAGCAAGGAGCUGGCUGACAUGUAUGAGAACAAGGUCUUUGACUACGAGGGACUUGGCAAUCUCCUGAAAAAAAGAGCCACUUUUUAUGAGAACAUCAUGAAGGCCAUGAGACCUCAGCCUGAGUACUUUGCUGUUGGCUACUAUGGACAGGGUUUUCCCUCUUUCCUCAGGAACAAGAUUUUCAUCUACCGUGGCAAGGAGUACGAGCGCAGGGAGGAUUUCAACCUGAAGCUGCUGACCCAGUUCCCCAAUGCUGAGAAGAUGACCAGCACAGCCCCUCCAGCAGAGGAGAUCAAGGCUUCCCCCAAACAGUAUGUGCAGUGCUUCAUUGUGAAGCCUGUGAUGAACCUGCCACCUAAUUACAAAGACAAACCUGUUCCUGAACAGAUCUUAAACUACUACAGAGCCAACGAGGUGCAGCAGUUCACUCACUCCAGACCUGUCAGGAAAGGAGAGAAGGACCCAGACAAUGAGUUUGCUAACAUGUGGAUAGAGAGGACAACCUACACGACAGCUUAUUCCUUUCCAGGCAUCCUCAAGUGGUUUGAGGUCAAACAGGUCACAACGGAGGAGAUCAGCCCCCUGGAGAAUGCCAUAGAAACCAUGGAGCUGACCAAUGAGAGGAUCACCAACGUGGUGCAGCAGCAGGGCUGGGACCGCAGCCUGCCCGUGCACCCCCUGUCCAUGCUGCUCAGUGGCAUCGUGGACCCCGCCGUCAUGGGGGGCUACACCAACUAUGAGAAGGCCUUCUUCACAGAGAAAUAUCUCCAAGAACAUCCUGAAGAUCAAGACAAAAUUGAGCUGCUCAAGCAACAAAUUGCAAUACAGAUGCCUCUCCUGGCAGAGGGGAUCCGGAUCCACGGCGAGAAGCUGACGGAGCAGCUGAAGCCGCUGCACGAGAGGCUCACAGCCUGCUUCAGGGAGCUCAGGAGGAAGGUGGAGAAGCAGUACGGGGUCAUAACUCUGCCCCCGGUGCUGACGGACAGGAAGCCGAGCCGCUCGGGCUCCAUGGUGCUGCCCUACAUCAUGUCCUCCACCCUCAGGAGGCUCUCGGUCACCUCCGUGGCCUCCUCUGUGGCCUCCACAUCAUCCACCUCGUCUGACAGCGCUUCCUCCAGGCCGGGCUCCGACGGAUCUACCCUGGAGCCUCUCCUGGAGAGGAGAAUAUCCACAUCUUCCAGAGCUGAGGAGCUGCCUGUGAAAGAAGAUGGUGACAACAGGAUUAGCAAACUCAAGAGGAAGGAGUGGAGCAUUAGCAAGUCUCAGGUUAUUGUGGAGAAGGAGCCAGAAACAGAAGUGACUUCCAAAAUGCAGGGCCCAGCAGGGAGGGCACAGAGGCCCAAGAGUCUGCAGCUGGGGGACACCAGGCUGACCCUGCUGCAGGGCCCCUCACUGCAGCAACCCACCCAGAGCCCUCCCCCCAUCACCCCCAAAACCCCCCGGACCCUGAGCUCCCCCUCGUUGCAGGCUGAUGGAUUGGCCACGCCACCCCCCCCUCCCCCCAAAAGCAAACCCUACGAGAGCAGCACCCCCAGGAACUCUGUGGAGGUUGCUCCAGCGCUGCCCAGCAGGAGGGAGGCCAAACCUCCCCCUCCACCCCCCAAAGCCAGGAAAUCCAGCGUGGUGUCCUCAGAGCAGGGGCUGCCCUGAGCCUCUGGGGUGCCAGCAGUGCCGGCCUGCAGUGGUGCUUCAUCUCCUGCCAGCCUGGCAUCUCCCUGCCCUGGCAUCUCCCCUGCCCUGGCAUCUCCCCUGCCUUCCUUCCUUCCACCCACCCCUGCCCUGGCAUCUCCCUGCCCUCCUUCCUUCCACCCCUGCCCUGGAGCUUUCCUGGCAAAUCCCACAGAGGAAACGUGGCUGGGACUGGGCUCCCUCGCUGUGUUUGCCUGUGCACUGCUGCCACUGAUCCUGAGCUGUCCCUGACACACUGAUCCUGACACACUGAUCCUGAGCUGUCCCUCAGACACUGAUCCUGAGCUCUCCCUCACACACUGAUCCUGAACUGUCCCUGACACACUGAUCCUGAGCUCUCCCUCACACACUGAUCCUGACACACUGAUCCUGGCCUGCCCCUGACACACUGAUCCUGACACACUGAUCCUGGCCUGUCCCUGACACACUGAUCCUGACACACUGAUCCUGGCCUGUCCCUGACACACUGAUCCUGAGCUGUCCCUGGCACACUGAUCCUGACACACUGAUCCUGGCCUGUCCCUGACACACUGAUCCUGGCCUGUCCCUGACACACUGAUCCUGGCCUGUCCCUCACACACUGAUCCUGAGCUCUCCCUCACACACUGAUCCUGAGCUCUCCCUCACACACUGAUCCUGGCCUGUCCCUCACACACUGAUCCUGAGCUCUCCCUCACACACUGAUCCUGGCCUGUCCCUCACACACUGAUCCUGGCCUGUCCCUCACACACUGAUCCUGAGCUCUCCCUCACACACUGAUGCUGAGCUCUCCCUCACACACUGAUCCUGACCUGUCUCUGACACACUGAUCCUGGCCUGUCCCUUACACACUGAUCCUGAGCUCUCCCUCACACACUGAUCCUGAGCUGCCCCUGACACACUGAUCCUGAGCUCUCCCUCACACACUGAUCCUGGCCUGUCCCUGACACACUGAUCCUGAGCUCUCCCUGCUGCAGUUCCUCUCCCUCCUGGGCCUGUCUGUCCUGGGUUGGUCACUGCUGCAAUGGCAGCAGCUCCUCCCAGUGCCCCUGGGAAUCCUGGCUGAUCCCACUGCAGGGCUCAGGGUCUGUGCCCAGCUCUGCUUGCUCUGGUACAAGAUCUCAUUUGUGCUUUUAACGGGGUGGGAAAAGCAUCCUGUGAAUGUUGGAGGUGACAGAAGCUGCACUUUGGCCAGGGCUGGACUGGCACCACUGCACUGAUGGCAGAACUUCACUGGCACCACUGCACUGGCACCAGGACUUUACUGAUUCAGGACUUUACUGGUACCAGUUCCACAAACAGCUCGUGGCCUCUUUAUUUAUCAUCAAUAUUGAUGAAGAUUUUGCUUUCUCUUCCAGGAAAUCAUUUUGUUUGUUCAUUCUGUCACUUUACUUCUGAUUGUCUUGUAGGAGUUGGGAGGAGCCACUGAAACCCUGCUGAGGGUGUUGCUCACAGCAGGAAAUACAAUUAUUGUUGGGCUGGGGGUUCAUGUGCCAUUAUUGUGCUCCCCUGACUGAAAGAAGUUUCUGACCUUACUGAAAAACCAAAGUUUGUUAAACCUAAUGAAAAGUUUCCUCAGCAAAGUCUUUUUCAGGGAAAAGCAAACCCAACAAAAAGCACCCCCAGGAGGGUUUUGCUCAGACUGAAGUUGUCAUUUUCUUUUGUCCUUCCCAAUUCUUUUGACAUGAGUGUGGCUGCAGGGGCUGGCAGCAGAUUGCCCUCAUCCCAGCUCAUCCCAGAGUGCCAUCAGCUCCAGCCUGAGCUGCUCUGGAGGUGGCACUGCAGUCACAUCCCAUCCAUCCCCAGCCUGAUUGCUGCACACAUUCCAGCUGGCUGCAGGCUGCUGCUCCUCUGGGGAGCUCUUGGGAGCCUCCCUGGGCACCCUGGGCAGCUUUUCCCCUCCCUGGGGCACUGUGUGACCUGUCAGCUCCUCCUUCAGUUCCUGACACAGACACUGCUUGAGUGGAAAACCUCUGGGUUUUCCUGCCCUUCAUUUCCUGUGCACUCUCCCUCCCUGGAUGCUCUGAAAGUUCCCCUCAAAGCAGCUUUUUGUGUGGGCUGAGGGUUCUGCUGCAGGCAGAGCAGCAGGAUGUGCUCUGAGCUGUCUGAGGUGCAUCCUGACAGCACCUGGUGUUCAUUCAGUGCCUUUCUCCUCUCAGACAGGUUGGGUUUAACUCAGUGGGUCAGCAGGAGCAGGGGAGGCUGAGCAGGGAUCCCAGGAAUGGUUUCCCUGGUGUGGACAAACAGCCUGAGCUGUCAGGUUUGGGUGUUUUGGUUCUCAGUGACUUUGGAAUCCUCUUUUCAGCCUUUUUGUUCUGCUCUAACCACCUUAACAUAUGGAGGUACCUUUUGCAUCCAGGUUUUUUCCUGGAGAAGGAAAACUCCAUGCAGAAAACACCCACAGGAGGAGGUCUGACCUUGGGAAGAAUUUUUCAGCUGAUUUUUAACCAGCUGUUUGCUCUCAGAUUUGGUUCUGGCUGCCCUUUCUGCAGCUACAGAUCAGGAUUUUGAGCAGAUCUUGGCAUGGUGGUGGUGAAUUAUCCCUCCCUCUCUGCAGCUGCCACCUUCAGCUCUGCCCUGCCUUGAAAUUGCUCCUCUCACCUUAAACCUCACCUGGGUUUGCUGCCCACAAGUUCAGGUUCUCCUGUGCCCCCUGUGCCUGCCCAGUUUGGGAUGGGCACCCCCUGACUGGGAGGAGCGGAGCAGCUCACACCAAAGAGCUCAGAACAAGUUUUCCCUUCCCAGCACAUUUUGGGCAUUUCACUGGCAAUUUGCCACAAAGGACUCUAAAUUUGGUUCUGUUUUUUCCUUUCUCAGCAUUAUUUAUGUUGUAGAGUUUUAAACUUGUCCCACUCCUGCUCCUCUUGGCAGUGUCCCCACACUGGUGUCCAGUUCUCUUACCUGGCUGAUAAAAGUUGGCGUCAGUGGCUCAGAGGUGCAAGAUGGAAUUUCUGUUCUGUGCCCAGAUGAUUCAGGGCUUUGGGUCGGUUUGGGGGGAAAAAAUCAUCCAAGUGUCAGAUUUUUAAAGGCAUUUGGGCAUUAAGUGUGUGAGGAAGAACAGGGCAUUCAAGUGAUUUUAAAUGAGUGAAGUGCCCACUCUUAGGAGAAAUCCCACUGGAACCUUCAUUGUGUGAAGUGUUUGCUCCUUGCUUGGGUGAGAUUUCAUUUUCAGAGGCAGUUUAAGGUGUCUCUACCUUAUUUCUUUAAAUGAGAAUCAUCUCUUCAGGUUCAUUGGGUGCUUUAGGAAAUGCCUCCAACGUGUUUUCAGCUGGAGGGUUUCAAAUGGGAAGAGGACAUUCCAUAAUGAUGAUCUCUGCACACCACAAAUUGCAGCAAUUUCUGCCCAAUUCCUGGUUUUGAAUAAAAUCUCAAAACAUCCACUCUGCAGAGGAGACAAAACCUAAUCCCAUUUCAGAGCCAAGCUGUUCAAAGCUGCUGUGAAAUUUCAACUCUUUGAGGAUUUCAGUUUUUCUCCUUUGGAGAAAUGUGCUCAACACUUGUUUUUUUGGAGCUUUUAAUUAAAAUCUGUCAUGCUGGGAUAAAUUCCUUUAGAAAUGUGGCAGGGGCAGAGGGGAGCAGGCAGUUUUGGAUUCUUGGAUUAGGGAAGGACAGGGAUGCCAGGGGGAGCAGCUCAGGGGAUUUUGGGGCUCCUGCUCCCACCCAGUGUCUGCUCCAGCUCACACUGAGCUGCACUUGCAGUGACAAUGCCCCAGAUCUUCCUCUCCUUAUUUAUUUUAAUCAUUGUAAAUCUUUAAGUCUGUAAUUUAACUAAUUUUUUUAAUAUACUGCAAACAUUGCUGACCUGCUUCUGCUACCUUCUUUUGAUUAUUUUUUAUUUUAAUGAAAAACUUGACCUUAUUUUUGCUGUUGCAAACCAAAUCCUGUGGUGGACCAGGGUAAGCUUUUCCAAAGACUACAGCAGGGAGGAAAAAUAAACAAAUAAUGUGAUUUUAUGGCUGUUCAAAGCACGAGGUUCCCCUGAUUCUUCUCUCUGAGCAUUAAUUAAAGCACUUUAGGACAUUUUGGGCACUACAGGGAUUACUCAAAGCAGGUUCACACCUUAACCCAUUUUUCAGCUGGUUUGUAUCUUUUGGCAGAGUUCACCCCAGAGUACACUGGAUUAAUUUUUCUCACUGUGGUAUUACAGAGGUUUCCUCACUCUGAACCCUGGGAUGAGUUUGUUGGGAGUUCAGGAGGGUUUGGGUGUUGUGGAAGGAGUUGUUGUGUUCUGGGAUCCUGGGUUAGUGGUUUCAGUGCAAACUGCAAAUAAAAUGUUUGGGUUUGGUUUUUUUUUCAGUCCUUUGCAACUGAAUCAGUAAAAAUUCAGCUUUAAAGCGGCUCUGGAGAGAGCUUGGGAAGGGACUGCAUCUCUCUGGGUAAAUGCCACACGAUUCACUCAAUCUGUAAAGCAAGGUGUACACAUUUCUGUGGGGUUUUUACAUGUAAUGAUUGUUGUAAAGUUUGUAAAUACGUUUUUAAAAUAAAUGUAGUUUUUAUGACUGAACCAGAAACAA